ACACGUUGGAUCAGUGAUGACUCCGAGAGGGUGUGUCCUCCUGUGAAAGAGGUCAGUGUUGCCCUGCUGUCCUCCUCCUUUCCCCCUCCUCCUCCUCCUCCUCCUCCUCCUCCUGCGCGCCUUGGAGAAAAGUGGGGAGCAGACACGCAGCCGGAGUCGCGCGCGCGCUUCUCAGAGAAAGAGGGAAACAUUUUCCGGAGUGCGAAACCAACUUUCAAACUCGACUGCAAGUCGGAUACGUUCUUGAGGAUCUUAAAGCCUCUCCUGGAGCAUGGGGGACGUGGUUUCCUCUCACCUGGACGAGAGCAGGCGGGGCAUGAUAACAGCUCAGACUCGAGAUGUCAUGAAACAGUUUGGAAAGUUGUACGAGCAGCAGUACGCCGUCGCCCUCUUCAACAGCGUCCGCUAUGAGAUCGAAGGAGGGGGAGGAACACAGCCGCAGCUGCUCCACAGAAAAGACCCUCUGGCAGGCCACUGCAUCUUCUCUGGAAGUCUCUAUCAGUACUUGGAGGAGACGCGAAAAUGGAGGAGCCGCUUUGUGUCUGUGGCAAACAGCUACGCUCUCAGUCUGUAUGAGAACCAGGCGGCUCAUGACCGGGGGCUCCAGUCGAGAGUUACCAUCAACUGUGCCGGGUACAAGGUCCUGUCCUCAAUGGAGGAGUACAUGGAUCUGAUCAACAACAGCCUGCCAGAUGUAAAGGCCAAAGUGGGAACCAGUCCAUUCAUCAAGUUAGACAACAAGUUUCCCCUCAUCCUGUGGCACCCGUACGCUCGCCACCACUGCUUCUGCGUGAUGACGGAGAAGGAGCAGAAGAAGUGGCUCGCCGUGCUGCGGGACUGUGUCAGACACAGCAACAACGGUCUGCCAGAGGACUGCAUCGUUCAGACACCAGCCUUCACCGACUCUGUGAGGCUCUACAGACAGGCCAAAGGACACUACGGCACCUGGGAUAUGAUGUGUGGAGCGCCGCCUCAGAUCCUGGCUAACCUGGUGAUGGAGACGCUCCACCCGCAGCUCAGACACGUGAUCGGCCCUCGUCUGAAGGGGAAGAUGCAGCAGAGGCAGAGGAACUGGAUGCUGAUCUGUGCUGCGGCGUACAAACAGGUGCUGGCUCAGACCAGCAGCCAGUACGAGGCUCUCACUGAGGCCUGCGAGGCUCAGAGGGCCCAGCUGGAUGCCAGACUGAGAACGGACAUGGACCAGAUCAUCACGUCCAAGGAACACAUCACCAACAAGAUCAGAGCUCUGGUUCUCCCCAAAGCAGAGGAGCUCCUCCGGACCAGCAUCCAGCCCUACAUCAACUCCAUCCUGGAGGCGCUGAUGGAACCCACCAGCCGAGGCUUCUCGGAAGUUCGAGAUGUGUUCUUUAAGGAGCUCGUGGAGAUCAGCAAGAACUCCCUGAAUGGAGGUGGCAAAGAAAAAGUGGGAGAGCAGCUGGAGCGGCUGUCCAUGCUGGCCUUCCACCCGGUGAAGAUGCAGAGCUGCUAUGAGAAGAUGGAGCAGCUGAACCUGGAGGGGCUGCAGCAGAGGUUCGAUGUUUCCAGCCCCUCCGUGUUCAUCAGCAGGGCUCAGAUCCUCAUGAGGGAGCAAAUGGACAACGCUGUGUACACGUUUGAGCAGCUGCUCCAGCAGGCCCUGGGGGCUCAGGGGCAAGACGACGUCUGCAAGAGCAUCCAGAAAUGUCAGGACAGGGUUCUCAAGAAAUAUGAUUAUGACAGCAGCACGGUGCGGAAGAAGUUCUUCAGAGAAGCUCUGCUGCAGAUCAUCAUUCCCUACAUGCUGCAGCAGCUGGCCCCAGCCUGCACCCCUGAACUGCCCCGCUUCCAAGAGCUGAUCUUUGAGGACUUGUCUCGGUUCCUCCUGGUUGAGAACAUGUACGAGGAGGUGGUGCUGCAGUCCGUCACCAAAGAGAUAAUGAUGGCUGUGAAGGAGGCGGCCGUACAGAGGAAACACAACCUGUACCGGGACAGCAUGAUUCUGACCAGCAGCGACCCCAACCUGCACCUUCUGGAGGAGAACCCGCCGGUGGACUGGGCGGCCAAGUUUGGGGGGGAGGAGCCAGACGGCCCUGUAAGCAGCUCAGGUGAAGGGCGGGCCUCAGGGAGAAGACGCAAGCAGGUGGUGUCCAUGAUACACCUUGACGACGUGCCUCUGCCCUACGAGUCUUGUCUGGAGGCCCCGGGGGUGGAGCUUAUCCCAGAGGAAGACGGACAGAGUUUUGACAGCAAAGAGGAGGACGGAGACGAAGACGAGAAGUCAUCUGAGGACCCCAAGACUCCUGACAGCGUGAAUGCGAUCAGGGGUCUGAUCAACCCGGUGGUAGAAGUGGAGCUUUCGGCCCCAGAGGAGCAGGUGAGCGCUGUGAGCAGCGGCACAGAGGCCACCAAGGGGCUCAUCACCAUGGAGGACGGGCUGCUGGAGGAGGUGACGCACGUCACCACCGUCGUGGACAACCAUUCUAAGAAAUCGCCUCAGACAAUCCUGCAAAAGCUGGCCACAAUCAAAAAGCUGGAGGCUGAAGACGAGGAGAACAAGGAGAACCCGGAGGAGGAAGGCGAGGAGGUCGCCGUCGAUGAGUCGCCACAGCUGUCUGCAGACUCCAGCUCUCAAAAUGACAGCGGUUUUCAGUCGCUGAGCCUGGGCGAGCCUCUGCCAAUCAAAGCUGACCUGAGAGAGGAGGAGGAGCCCACCGCCAGCCCCACACAGGUGGAGGUGCAUUUAGUAUGAGGGAUGCUGACCAAUACAUCUCUGUAAGAGAAUCUGAGGCGGAACGCAACAAAAAAUACAGAUUUAAACAAUAUUUGUGUCAUUUCUAAUCAAAGUAACUUAUUAUAAAAACAUUUCACUGAGAGAGAACGACACUUUUGUUUCUUAAAGGUGAGACUCCUCUGUAUUUAAUAUGUUUUGUUCUUGAAAAAGUAAUUCUAUCUCAGUGAAAAUGUACCAGAAAUUACUGUAAUCAGAUCAUUUGAGGAAGAAAUUGUAAUUUUUUUGCAGUGAUUAAGCCCCUUAAUCAGCUAUGGGGUUUCAGUGCUCACCUGUGCCCCCCAGUGGAUGCUUCAUGACAUUGCAGUGACUGUAAAUCCGCUUAUGAAGAGCUUCAGACAGACCUGUGAGCGGUGUCUUUGAGCGCACCGAGCUUUGCUCCAAGAUGCUGCUUCUCUUAAAGUGAUUCGAAAUAUUUCAGUAGAAUAUUUAUUACUCUGCAGGUUAGUUUAUAGACGAUCGGGGCAGCAGGGGGUGUCAAAAACGCCUGACUUUUCCUGCUUUUUAAGUUAAAAAAAUCCUUUAUAAAAGGAAAAAAAAGCAUUUAUUGUGGUUACAAAUGGCCUGUAUGUUUCAAAAGAAGCGUCAUCUUUUAAGGCAAACUGGUUAUUUUUCUCUCUUGGGAAAAUAAACUUUUUUAACUGAUCUAUAGUGUGAUCCGCUCACAACUGUUGCUGGAAUCUUCACGUUUCUGAUGACGGCUCGGCCUGUUUCACUGGUUUGUUCUAGGCCGAUAUGACACCGAUAUUUUUUUUAAGUCUGGGCGGCUGAUUGCCGAGAUUUAAAGUGAACAUCUCUUUGAAAACAGAACAGAUUAUCCUCACGCUUUUAUUAGCCAUGAAGUUGGAGAGUUGCAUAACCUCUCCGGUUUAGCGGAAGUUAGAAAAACCUACGUUUGGACUAAAACUCAACACAUUCAAACUGUAAAUAUUCAAAAUUUUGCAUCAGUCAGCAGAUAAAUGUGUCAGAAGGCCUGAAAUGUUUGCUCAUGUAGAAGUUUUGAUGCUCUUUCAGGUGAAAGUCUGAUCAGAUUUGUAAAUCUUUCACGAUCCAGAUUUUUAUCUUCAAACAAACCCCUCUUAUUUAUUAUGAGACCUUUAAGGGCUCCAGCUUCCUUUUGUAUGUCGAAGCUUUUCCAUUUUGUCUGCUCUAAAGUGUGUUUUAAAAUAAAAGAUUAAUAAAAAUU